AUGAAUAAUGUGGUAUACGAACGUUUGAAAGCUGUUAGAGAAUCGGGACAAUUUUCGAGCAUUUUAGGAGUUAAUUUGGGUAAAAAUAAAAACUCCACCUCGGCUAAGCAGGAUUAUGUGAAGGGAGUACAAAUGUUUGGUCCAAUUGCGGAUUAUCUUGUUGUUAAUGUAAGCAGCCCAAAUACGCCGGGAUUGCGCGAUCUGCAAGGAAAGAACGACUUGCAAGAGCUACUUGAAGCUGUGAUUCAAGCACGCAAUCAAUUAUCGGUGAACAAAAGCGUACCGAUUGUAGCAGUGGCGGCGGCAGCAACAACGACGACGCAUGGAUUUGCUGAUGAUGAGGUUACUGCGAAAUUAGGUCAUCACGAAAUUGGUAUGUUCGUGACAUCUGCACAAGAUUUCUAUAUGAAAUUGAGCAAAGAACAAAAACAACGUUUUCGUGAAGCCUUCAAGGAAUUUCAUCCUAUUAAAGUCUACAACAAGAUGUUGCAAAGCCUGUAA